GAGCACGUCCAAUAUUGAAACGUGAACGUGGCUUCGCGCGUGCACCAAAAGUAAUAGCCCCUCUCCCUUCGCCCCUCCACCACUGUUGAAAACUUCUUUACCCCUCCCUCCACUCACCAUGCAAUAAGAUACCAAGUUGUUGGUGUGUAUACGAUGGGGAGAAGGUACGCUCGUGAGAAUAACCAACUACACUAGCGCGAGUACGAGGUUUUCGGUAUUCCGCGCUAGCCAAAUAGCUCCGUGCGGACUGUAUGUGCUCUUUCUUUGGAGCCGUAAGCGAAAGAGAGUGUCGGAUUUCAAUUCGUUAGUCGUUCCUCGUGGCUGAUUAGCGGGGAAUUUAUUUGUAGAAAUCCCUAUUGGCAUGGAGCUGGGAGCGCACUGAUAGUGAUAGUCUAUGAGAUCUUGGUUUCUAUGCAUUGCCUGCCAAAGAAGAACUGAGCCCAAUGUUUCCACACAAUUCUAGUUCACAUGAGAUUUCUACCGAAACAAAUGCCUUCGUACAAAAUUCCAAGGGGGAUGUAGUAGUAUUAGAGGAAAGCAGUCUGAGUGGGGCGCGGGAAGGGGAACGACCAGAGCAUGCUAGGUACUGUGAUAUCGAAUUCAUAAACAGCAGCAUGAUGGCAGCACCUACCAGCCACCCCAAAGCUACCGCCGCCAAUGACUUCUUAACCGUCCUGCCACGCCAAUCUGGUGAGCUCAGCUUUGCCGAUGGAGGUGAGGCCUGCCAGUCAGUGGCACCAGAAACCACAAAAAAUCCAACAAAUCACCUUCUAACCUACGAUAAUAAUGAUAAAAUAAACAACCACAACAAUGCAGAACAUAAUCAUCACAAGUACAGAAAGCAAAAUACACGGGGCUCGCUUGGUAAACUGGGCAGCUCAGCCGAUAAUUCUAAGUGUACGUGUAAGCCGUUAAGUGAUAAUAAGAAUAGCUUUAGCGUUAUAAGCAUUAGGGUACUAAUGUUAAGUGUACGUUUAAAUGAUACGAUAGGCGUUGAUUGUUGUACCGCUGGGGUACCUAGCCUAGUUAGGAUACCCAAGUCUGAUUGCCCCCAGCGGCAGCUUUAUCGCGCCAAACUUGUCGACAAUUACUCCUUACUAGGGUCCCGCCUUCACCACGGCGAAAACAAUAACAUUAAGGCUAAUAUUAGAUUAAUAAGUAAUAAUAACUCAAAGUCUGUGAUAUUGCUCAGCUCAACAAGUUACGGUGACUAUUACUAUCUAGAUGUUACUGGCGAUGGAUUCGUUGGUAUUAAUGCUGUUGGAAUCCCGGUUAUUUUAGUUGAUAAUGAUACGAGUUAUGGUAACCGAUCAAAUCGUGUCGAAGCAAUUGGCGAAAGAUGUUCAGUAGUUACCACUAUGAUUGGUGAUAUCAGAGCAAUUGGCCUUGACGUCCAGCACUACAAUCAGAAUAUCAGUAAUUCAGUGAACGAUGCUUGCCAAUUAAAUCACGAUUUCAUUGACAACUGGGAUAAAUCGGUCCUAUCUCGUGCUCACAAAUUAACGGCUAUGAAUGCCUGUUCUUCCAUUACGCUUAUCGUUUCCAAAAACGAAUUCACCGACCGCAUUAACGAUUAUUUGCAAUCUCUCAUUGACGAUGAUAAUCUCACUCAAGUCCGAGCAUCGUCUCCAGUUACUUCUCAAUAUUAUCAACAAUUACUGUCGCACGUCACCGUCACCAAGCUGACGCAACGCAUAUGUGUUCCAUUAUUGAUUAAGAGCAAGGGUUACGAUAAAAACAACAACGUUGCUAAUAAUAGUGAUUAUUGUAACAUUGAAGAUACUGAAGGGUCUGCUGAAAAGAAACAUCAUCGUCGUUGUAACGAUAAUACGACUACGAUGAAUAUUAAUGGUAACAAUAAUCAAGAUGUUAUCCAAGACAUUGUUAACGUCGCUGUGUGCUACAAGACUAGUGUAAUGACUACUAAUAUUAGGAUGUUAGGGUCUCAAAAUGAUGGUAUUAGUCGUACCGAAGCAACAAUAUUUACUGUUGGUGCUCUUUCAUUUCAGGAUAACAAUAAGUCUAACAUGCCUCUAAAUGAUAGUUUUAAGAUAAAUAAGUAUCAUGUGUCUACUAAGAUUGCUCUUGAAUCUAACGGUAAUGUUAAGUCCGUAUCUAAGUCUAGCGAUAAGUCUGAAAUGUCUCAUCAAGCUCGACUUGACGUGUCUGAUGAUGAGCGAGUUGUACGUGUCAGAUCAUCUAACAACAUUCCUACACUUACUACCUGCGAGCCUACGAUGACGCUUAAAAGCCAAUCAGCCACCGUCACAUCCCAAACUGAAACAGUACCUGCAUCAUUGCGUGUCGCUUUCGAGAAUCAAUCGAUUGUCGUGAGCCCCCAAACUCCUACGAAUACAUUGAAUUCUUAUGAACAAGUGAAUGAUUAUAUCAACGAACGUUUUGCUGAUAAUGCUGAUGCAAGCCCAUCAACCGGUCAUUGGGCAAGACUGAUUGCAUACGUUCGUGCUCUGAUUCCUGCUUGCAACGAGGCAUACAAAAACAACGAGAGCAACUGCGAAAGCCAACGUUAUCUACUCAAGCGGGCCCUACACUGUCUAUUCGGUGAAUCACCAAAAUAUACUCACAGUGAUCCCAAUGUUGAUUACAAAAAACGCUGGGGUAUUCCGAUCAUCCUAUCACUGGCUGGUGGAGGCGAGAGUUCCCUCAAUACCGGUGGUGGCACCAACUGGGGCUCAUCUCAAGCAACAACACCAAAUAAUAAUAAUCCCAAUCCAUCUGGCUGGGGUGGUACUCCAGGUAAUGCACCACCACCAUCAUCCAACUGGGGUACAAACAAUGUUAAUCGUCCUGUCACUAAUCCAAAUCAAAAUCAAAAUCAAGGGCCACCGGGUAAUCAAACAAAUCCAUCGACAGUGAAUAAAACAAACAAUUCAAAUGCAGCCUCUAAUUCACAAGCAGGUCCACCAACAUCUCAGCCAGCUAAUCAAACCAAUCAAGCCAGUCCAAAUGGCCCUUGGCCGCAGGGUAAGCCCAACCCAUCGGUAGGACCAGGGCCGAAUCAACCAGCGCCAAACAACAAUGGAAACAAUCUCCAGCAAUCGCCCCCCUCUGGUGGUCCACCAGGUGCCAAUGGUAAUAACAAUCAGGCAGUCUCACCCCAGAGCAGUGCAGCAUCGACUGGAAGUGCGAGUAAUUCAUCACCACCGACAAUGCCCCCCAAUCCAUCGACCAAGCAACAAUUGGAGCAACUUAACACGAUGAGAGAGGCCCUCUUCAGCCAGGAUGGCUGGAGUUGUCAACACGUCAAUCAAGAUACCAAUUGGGAUGUGCCAGCCUCACCAGAGCCAACAGUGAAUAAGGACGGUGUUCCAAUGUGGAAGCCCCCAGUGAACAAUGGCACCGACCUCUGGGAAGCUAAUCUUCGCAAUGGAGGCCAGCCACCGCCUCCCCAACAAGCUAAAACACCUUGGGGUCACACUCCCUCGACAAACAUCGGUGGAACAUGGGGUGAGGACGACGAGGCAGCUGACUCCUCCAACAUGUGGACAGGGGCUCCAACACCGACUCAACCCAAUACACCACAGUGGGCAGGUGCUACUAGUAAUCAGACUGGAUCGAACUGGGGUGAUCCGAGAGUUGAUCCUCGUGAUCCCAGAGAUAUCAGAUCAGUUGAUCCUCGCGAAAUGAGAGAUCCACGCGACCACCGCAUGUCGAUGGAUCCCAGAGAGCAUCUCCGCCCGAUGGACCCUAUGGGACGUGACCCGAGAAUGGCUGAUAUGCGUGGAGACAUCCGUGGAGGAGUCUCUGGACGUCUCAAUGGGGCCAGUGCUGAUGCAAUGUGGGGACAACCACCAGGACCACCUCAUCAUCAGAUGGGACAUCAGCAUCCCUCAGGGCCACCUGCUAAAAUGAUCAAUCCAUCGAGUAUGAAUCAGUGGGCAGCACCACCACCCAAAGAAAUGAUCCCUGGUAAACCUUCUGGCUGGGAGGAGCCCUCACCACCAGCUCAACGGAGAAAUGUGCCGAAUUACGACGAUGGGACUAGCCUGUGGGGCAAUCCAGCUGCCAAUCAGCGUCCCAUGGCUGGUAGCAAAGUGUCUCACUGGAAGGAUGUACCCUCUCAGAAUUUGGGAAGGGGUGGAAUGCAGUGUCCACCUGGAAUGCCACAAAAUCGCAUGCCUGGUCAGCCAAUGAAACCAGAUGUCGGGGGGCCUGUGUGGGGACAUCCCGCUGCACAGGGACGCAAUGGAUCGUGGGGUGAGGGACCUCAUGAGACUACCAACUGGGAUGAGCCUAAGACUCCAGCUUCAUGGAACGAACCACCACUCAAUCCAGCUUCUUGGGGUGGACCCAGCCAUAAGCCUAAGGCCAUGGGACCCUCUGGCAGCUGGGGAGACGCUGAUAUGGAGCCUGUACCCAGCUGGGGUCAUCCUAGCAAACCUGCACUCACUAAAGAGGUCAUUUGGAACAGCAGAGAGUUCCGGUAUCUCUGUGAUUUGGGGUACAAGAAGGAGGAUGUGGAAACAGCCCUGAGAAAGCGUGAAAUGAAUCGCGACGAGGCUCAGGAGCUCCUUCAGAUUCGUGCACUGGAUUGGCGUCGUCACGAUGCUCCGUCCGGUUACGAUCCAACCAACCCAUCAUCCAUGUCUGGUGCAUACCCGAAAUUCAGCCACGUCGCUCAGCAAAUGUCUUUCCCACCGGGCGAGUGCCUGGGUGUGCGGCCUAGCGGGGGUGCAACUGGCAGCGUAAGUGGUUCGGUGGCCAGCGCCAGCCUCUUGAAGCUCCAGCAACAGCAGCAACAGCAAAAGGCAGCAGUGCAAAUGCAACCACCGCAACAGCAAACCGCCAAUCCUCCGCAGCCGCCCUUUAACCAGGCAUCGAGAACACCCCAGAAUCCACCGAGCACCCAGCAGCUUAGAAUGCUCGUGCAGCAGAUUCAACUCGCCGUCCAGGAGGGUUAUCUCAAUCAGCAGAUACUCAAUCAACCCCUGGCACCGCCCACUCUGAUUCUAUUGAAUCAACUGCUCCAACAAAUCAAAGUUCUUCAGCAACUACACCAGCAAAACUCGGUUCAGAGUUCUCUCAAAUGCAACAGCCAGACUGUUCUCCAAAUAAGUGUUCAGAUAACAAAGACAAAGCAACAAAUAGCAAAUCUCCAGAAUCAGAUAGCCGUGCAGCAGGCGACAUAUAUGAAACAGCAGGCACAACAGCAACAGCAGCACUCAGCCCCGUCCCAAACGUCGGAUUACUACAAGACUUCUGUGCAUGAUCCAAUGUCCGCAAUUCAGAAUAGCUUCAGUGACUUGAUGAUGAAUAAGGAGCCACCAGUGAGCCAACAACAAUCGAGAUUGAAUCAGUGGAAGCUUCCAUCACUCGACAAGGAUGGGGAUAUUACUGGCAAUGAAUUCUCACGUGCGCCAGGUACAACGAGCAAACCACCGCAGACCUCAGGUCUCAGUCAUACUCACACAAGUCCCAAUAUGAACCCAUUACUGGGACAGGCAGAUGGCACUUGGUCAACGAGACUUGGUGACAGUGGCUGGCCAGAUGCUGGCAACAGUGAUGCCACUGAUGGAAAGGAUUGGCAGCCAGGCAGUGCUGCAUUCACUGAUCUAGUCCCAGAGUUCGAGCCUGGCAAACCAUGGAAGGGCACUCAGAUGAAGAACAUUGAGGACGAUCCUAGUAUUACUCCAGGCUCGGUUGUGAGAUCGUUGUCACUAGCAGCCAUCAAGGAUCCCGAUACCAUAUUCUCAUCGAGCUCCAAAACAUCACCACCACCUCAGCCACAAAAUGUUGAUACUUCAAUUCCUAGUCUGAGUAACUCAACGUGGAGUUUUAAUCCACCUGCAACAACACCCAGCGCAUUCUCAAGCUCUAAAAAUACCUGGACAGACUUAGCGCCACCGCCAACAGCAGUUACCUCAGAAUUAUGGGGUGCUCCAAUGAACAAAGCUCGUCAGGGUCCACCACCUGGUCUCAGCAGCAAGGGUGUCAGCAAUGCCAGCAAUGGUUGGGCUGGAUUAGGUGGAGUUAGUCGAUCAUCCAGUUCAUGGGGUCUCCAAUCUGGUGGUGGUGCCGGUGGUGGAGGAGGUAGCAGCAAUGCCGGAUGGCUUGUUGGUGGUACUUGGCUACUGCUCAAGAAUUUAACACCUCAGAUUGAUGGCUCUACGUUGAAAACACUCUGUAUGCAACAUGGGCCUGUUCAAGAUUUUCGUCUGUACCUGAAUCAUGGAAUUGCCCUUACUAAAUACUCUUCACGGGAUGAGUCUAGCAAGGCUCAAGGAGCCCUGAAUAACUGCGUCCUUGGUAACACGACAAUAUUCGCCGAGUCUCCAGCAGACAGCGAGGUCCACACACUCCUCCAACAGUUGAGUCACGGUGGUCAACAGCAAACAGGCAGCUCGGGUGGUAGUGGCUGGGGCCUCCGCUCCUCCAACAAAGCAGGACCACCACCUGACACCUGGGGAGGCACUUCCAGCCAACUUUGGGGCGCUCCACCUACCACCAAUUCCCUCUGGAGCAACACUGGAAUUGACAGCGGUGAAGCACACAGGACAACACCAAGCUCCCUCAACUCGUACUUACCCGGAGAUCUUCUGGGAGGUGAGUCGAUGUAGAGCGGAAACACAGGGCAUCGAGUCCACUGGGCCAUCACCUAAGCUCUCUGAGCUUAAGUGACAAAAAAAAUAAAUCAUCAGCGUCAAUAAUUAAUCUUCGUCGAUCGAAAUAAAUAGGAAACAAAUGUUGGAGCCCGUCAACGCCGGCAAAAUUGUUUCAUCCUAAUUUAUCUUCCUGAUUUUAUUUAGACUUCGUAUUAGAGACAAAAAAAA